AUGUUCACAGCAAUUCGACGGAGUAUUUUGGCUGCUGUGAAUAGCAGCAAUUGGCGCUGCAGUCAACGAUGCGGUGAGCUGAUGGACGAUUUAAGAAAACGAUUACGACAGUUACCAUUCUCAAGACGGAUCGCAUUUCUUGUCCUGCUGAUUUUACUUCUAUUCUAUAUGCUAAUGGCAUUUUUUAACACCUCAACAAAGCCAUCAUUUUCGAACGGAUGUGUGGAAGAUCGAUUGAGAUCGUGGCGAGAUUUAGAAGAUUAUUCGGCUGAAGCAUCUGUAUCAACAACCCAAAACAAAAAUGUCAUCUUGUUAGGAAAUGGCUUCAUCGGAUUGGGUGGUGAUGGUGAACUGCGGAUUCGAACGAAUACCUCGCGUGUUUUAUCCAUUCCGACAGCAUUUUAUCCGUUGGUCGAUGCACACCUCUCCUCAUCGUCGUCGUAUCCGUCUCGAUCGACUGCCUCGGUUUUCGACUACCGUAAUGCUCAAUUGAAACGAUUCGAAUGCUAUUCUGUGAAUGCAGACGAGUGUGCAUGUAUUACAACGACCGUCUAUGUGCAUCGAACACGACCACAUUUGUUGGUUCAAGACGUGCAGAUAACGAAUCCCACCGAUGAAUCCUUCAAAGUGGCGUUCUCGAGGCAACGCGAACCGAAAGACUGGAAUGCUGGUGAGAAAGUUGGUGAGACACACACGUGGUGGCGAUUGGCCGAUUCGAACGGUGACAGUCUGCUGCUGGCGGCCGUGUGCUCGAUAGUGCCCGAUGGUGAGACGCUGGAGAGGAAACGUGAGGAGAACACCCGCUUUACGUGCUUGUUCAAUUAUGAAUACAUCGAAAAGGAGAAGGUCGCGAACAAAGACCAAAAGCAACAAGAGAUCAGUCAUCAGAUUGUCAAGGAGUUUGCCGAUACAAUGCAUGUGAAAGCUGCCGAACUGGAUGAAGAGCAUACAAGUGCAUGGCACACGGUAUGA